GAAAGAGGAGGCGGAAGUAGGACGCGCAAGGUCUAAGGGCGCGAGGGAAGUGGCGGGCGGGGACUGACGGGGGGCGUGCAGGUGAGCCGACCGGCCGGGGGUCGCGGGCAUGGCCGAGGCCAGGAAGCGGCGGGAGCUGCUUCCCCUGAUCUACCAUCAUCUGCUGCGGGCCGGCUAUGUGCGCGCGGCGCGGGAAGUGAAGGAGCAGAGCGGCCAGAAAAUUUUGCUGGCUCAGCCCGUCACCCUCCUGGACAUCUAUACACACUGGCAACAAACCUCAGAGCUUGGCCAGAAGCGAAAGGCAGAGGCCGAUGCGGCACUACUGGCUAAGAAGACCCGUGUGUCGGACCCCAUUAGCAGCUCAGAGAGCUCAGAAGAGGAAGAGGAGGCAGAAGCUGAAACCGCCAAAGCCACCCCAAGACUAGCGUGUACCAACUCUUCAGCCAUGGGGGCGGAUUUGCUGUCAAGCAUGAAAGAAAAAGCCAAGGCAAAGACAGAGACAGCCGGCAAGAUGGGGAACUCCAUGCCAAACCCUGCCUCUAUGAAAACAGUGGCCCACCUCCUCUCGGGGAAGUCAUCCAAGAAGGCAGGAGAGCCCUCAGCAAAUACUGUCUUGGCCUCAGAAACGGAGGAGGAGGGCAGUGUUCUGGCCUUUGGAGCCGCCGCCAAGCCUGGGGUGGUGUCAGCAGGCCAGGCCGACAGCUCCAGCGAGGACACCUCCAGUUCAAGCGAUGAGACGGACGCGGAGGUAAAAGCCUCCGAGAAAAUUCUUCAGAUCCGAGCUGCCUCGGCCCCUGCCAAGGGGACCCCUGGGAAAGGGCCCACCCUAGCACCCCCUGGGAAGGCAGGGCCCAUAGCCACCCAGGCCAAAGCAGGGAAGCCAGAGGAGGACUCGGAGAGCAGUAGUGAGGAGGAGUCGGACAGUGAGAAGGAGACACCUGCUGCCAAGGCCCCGCUUCAGGUGAGGCCCGGGGAGGGAGACCCCAGGCGCGCCUCAACCCCAGGCCCUCUCCCCACUCACUGUGUGGUCGUCUGUCUCUGCUCUCCUGUGUCUCCUCACAUGUCCGCCCUCUGGGCUCUGUUCUGUUUCUCACCACAGGGGAGGCCCUCAGAGAAGACCCCCCAGGUCAGAGCUGCCUCAGCCCCUGCCAAGGAGUCCCCGAGGAAAGGGGCUGUCGCAGCACCCCCUGGGAAGACAGGGCCUGCAGCUGCCCAGGCCCAGGCGGGGAAGCAGGAGGAGGACUCGGGGAGCAGCAGCGAGGAGUCGGACAGCGAUGGGGAGGCCCCGGCAGCCGUGAGCCCGGCCCAGGCAAAGCCCGUGGGGAAAAACCCCCAGGUGAGACCUGCCUCCACCCUGGGUGUGAGGCCCUCGGGGAAAGGCACCAUCCCAGUGCUCCCUGGGAAGGCGGGGACCGCACCCCCCUUUGCCCAGGUGGGGAAGCAGGAGGACCCAACGAGCAGCAGUGAGGAGUCGUCAGACAGUGAGGGGGAAGCUCCCACAGCCGUGGCCCCGGCCCAGGCAAAGCCCUCGGGAAAAAUCCUCCAAGUCAGACCUGCCUCCAGUCCUGCCAAGGUGCCAUUGGGAAAGGGGACUGUCCCUGUGGGCCCUCAGAAGGCAGGGCCUGUGGCCACUCUGGUCAAGGCUGAAAGGUCUAAGACAGACUCAGAGAGCAGCGAGGAGUCGUCUGACAGCGAGGAGGAGGCGCCAGCAGCCGUGCCUCCGGCUCAGGCAAAACCAGCUCUGAAAACUCCUCAGACCAAGGCCUCCCCAAGGAAAGGCACCCCCAGUACCCUUGCGUCUGCCAAGACCCCCUCUGUGCGAGUGGGCACCCCAGCCCCUUGGAAAGCAGGAGCAGUGGCUCCUCCAGCCCAGAGACCAGAGGAGGACUCUUCUAGCAGCGAGGAGUCAGAGAGUGAGGAAGAGGAGGCGGCUCCUGUGGCAGCAGUGGGACAGGCGAAGUCUGUGGGGAAAGGCCUCCAAGCAAAAGCUGCCUCAGUGCCCACCACGGGGCCCUCAGGGCAAGGGACUGCCCCAGUCCUUCCCGGGAAGACAGGACUUGCAGUCACCCAAGUCAAAGCAGAGGCGCAGGAAGACUCCGAGAGCAGUGAGGAGGAAUCCGACAGUGAGGACGCAGCCACAGCUCCAGCGCAGGUAAAGGCCUCGGUGAAAAUGCCUCUGGCCAAAGCCAGCCCAGCUGCCACCAGAGUGUCUUCAGCCAAAGGGGCAACGUCAGUUCCUGGAAAAGGUGUCGCUGCAGCUGCUCAAACCAAACAGGGGUCCACAGCCAAGGCAAAGCCACCAGCAAGAACCCUCCAGAACAGUGCCGUCUCAGUGAGGGCCCAGGCACCUGUGCCAAGUGUGGGGAAUGCAGGGGCCACAGCAGCCCAGGCCCAGACAGGGCCGAGAGAGGAGGACUCAGAGAGCAGUGAGGAGUCGGACAGUGAGGAAGAGGCGCCAGCUCCGGCAAAGCCUUUGGGGAAGACCCUCCAAGUCAGAGCUGCCUCAGCCCCUGCCAAGGAGUCCCCGAGGAAAGGGGCUGCCCCAGGAACUCCUGGGAAGACGGGACCUGCAGCCGCCCAAGCCCAGGUGGGGAAGAGGGAGGAGGACUCGGAGAGCAGCAGUGAGGAGUCAGACGGUGAGGGGAAGGCCCCGGCAGCCGUGACCCCAGCCCAGGUCUUGUCCCCUCAGAAGAAUGGUAACUUGAAAACCGGCAGAAGCAAGACCCUGGCCCCAGCACCCCCAGACAAGAAGGCAGCGGGGUCCUCGGAGAGCAGCGACGAAGAGCUGCCAGCGAGCCAGGUGAUUAAAACCCCUCUGAUUUUUGUCGACCCUAAUCGUAGUCCAGCUGGCCCAGCUGCUACCCCCGCGCAAGCCCAGGCUGCGAGCACCCCGAGGAAGGCCCGGGCCUCGGAGAGCACAGCCAAGAGUUCCUCCUCCGAGAGCGAGGAUGAGGACAUGAUCCCCGCUACACAGUGCUUGACUCCUGCCAUUAGAGCCAACGUGACUGUGUCUGCCACUCACCCAAGGACAACGCCCAAAGCCAGCGCUGCUGGGGCCACCAACAGCAAGGAGUCCAGCCGGGUAUCAGAUGGCAAGAAACAGGAGGGACCAGCCACUCAGGUUGACAGUGCUAUAGGAACAUUCCCUGUAACGGGUUCCCAGAGCACCCCUGUCCAAACCGGAGUGACCAGCAAUCCCAGAAAACCCAAGCUUUCUGACAGCCAGCAGGCCACAACCACUCCCUUGGGCCACCCCAAGGCCAAAGCCCCUGGGAGCUCAGAUGACAGCGAGGAGAGCAGCGGCAGCUCUUUAGGGAUGGAGGAGGAUGCUAAAGGGCCCCAGAUGGCCAAGUCGGCCCACCUGCCAGGUCCAGCCACCUCCAGCAGGGAGACCUUGGUGGAGGAAACCACAGAGUCCAGCGAGGAUGAGGUGGUAGCGCCUUCCCAGUCUCUCCUCUCAGGUUAUGUGACCCCUGGACUAACCUCAGCCAAUUCCCAGGCCUCAAAGGCCACUCGCAAGCCGAUCUCCAACCCCUCAGUUUCCUCUACUCCGGCCAUCAAAGAUGACCCAGAUGGCAAGCAGCAGGCAGAGCCCCAACAGUCAGCAGGCAUCACAUCCCUUAAAACAGGCAAAAAAGAGGCCACUUCAGACACGACGUCUCAGAAGCCCCGGAAGCCCAAGAAAGGGGCCGGGAACCUCCAAGCGUCAACGCUGGCGUUGCAGAACGACAUCACCCAGCGUCUCCUGGGAGAGGCCUGGCCCCUGAGCGAGGCCCAAGUGCAGGCCUCAGUGGCGAAGGUCCUCGCGGAGUUGCUGGAGCAGGAAAAGAGGAAGGCCACGGAUGCCAUCAAGGAGAGCGGCAAGAAGGGCCACAAGCGGAAGCUGUCAGGAGACCAGCUGGCUACCAAGGCCCCCAAGAGCAAGAAGAAGAAACAGCUAGCCACUGGGGAAGGCGGGGAGGGCACUGUGUCCCCAGAAAAGGCCUCCGUGACUUCCAAGGGGAAAGCAAAGAAAGACAGAGCAAGUGGUGACGUCAAGGAGAAGAAAGGGAAGGGGUCUUCUGGCUCCCAGGGGGCCAAGGACAAACCAAAAGGGGAGCUUCCGAAGGGGGUGGCGAAGGUGGAGGAUGGCGAUCAAAGCGACCCAAAGACCAAGAAAGAGAAGAAGAAAUCCGACAAGAAAAAAAAAGACAAAGAAAAAAAGGAAAAGAAGAAGAAAGCAAAAAAGACCUCAACCAAAGACCCUGAAUUACCAUUCCAGAAGAAAAAGAAGAAAAAGAAGAAGACAGCAGAGCCGACCGAGUGAGGGCCACAGGCGCCAGGCGCAGGGAUCUCUUAGCCGAGUGGUGACCGUCCCACGCCUCUGACCUCGGCCUACCUCUGCCCGCCAUGGGUUGGAACUGAAUUUUUAACUUCCCCUCCCUGAGAAGAAGACGGCCAGCUGCAGGGUCCCCGUGCUGGCCAAGCCAGUGAGCCUGCAGGGAGGCUGGUCCCAGAAGAAAGUGGGCCCAGCCCCCAUGACCUUGGCCCCGCCUGCCCCCAACACGGGGCGCUUCGUAUAGAUGUGUACAGUAUAUAUAUUUUUUUAAAUGACCCGCCUCUCCCCUGGCAAACCCCACAUGCCCAAGGCCUCGGGACUUUCCACCUGAGGAAGUCUCUGCAGACCCAGCUAGGCCCAACCUGCAGCUCGUCUCCUGCCAUGUGGUCUCUGGCUCAUCCCGAGGCUUUGUCCUCCUUUUGUCAGUUUUCUCGGUUGUGUUGGUUUUUUGUUUUUUUUUAA